AUGCACAGCCUGAAGUUGCCUAACAAGGGCAACAGUGAAGACCUUCGAGGCAACGUCGAUGAAAAUUACGUGACGUUAACGGGCAAGGAUGCCUCAGCCCCAGUCGUCAGGGACGAGCUCAUCUUCCCAAGUUUGCACAGUCAACUUUUAGUGCAGGGCGCUAGUGUCGCCACAAAACUGGUUGAUUACGGCAAGAGUGUGGUGUGUCAUCGCUACAGCGACCCUGGUGCUCCGAACGGAAGCCGAGAACUUACACGUCUUCGGGGACUGUUGCCGAACCUGCUGCCACGUGAAGGCUGUCUGGAUAGUCUACCCCUAACCUACAUCCGGCAUCUUUAUUGGAAAGCAAAUGGCAAACAGCCAGCGCUAUAUGAGUGUGUCAGUGAAGCGAAUUGUCCUUUUGCGACGGACUCUUACCUCCAACUUUGUUGCCAUCUUAAUUUUGGACACUCAGUUCUGGUGCGCUUGGACGAGUCAGAGGAUAUCUCCACCAAGAAACUACAGGGAGACGUGUUGGCGAGCCCUUUGGAGGCCGCCAAAUGCUUCUAUCCAGUCCUGACUACUUCUCUAGAACCCACUAUCUGGAAAUUUGCGUGCACGCUCUGCCCUCUGCAAUUCACUUACUUAAAUCAUCUCAACGAUCAUCUAUUCAAGUGA